AAUGGCAGAUCAGUCGAAUACUUAUCCACUGCAGUGCUUGGUGCUUCCCAUGAUGUAAUGAAAGAAUCUGCCGAAAGAGUCCCUCUCCCUAGAUGAUAUUGAGUAUUGUCCUAUGCUAUGGCCAUCAUGUCUGUGACUGUCACGGAUGAUAUUAUUAAAUAUUAAUAUCUAUAAUCUAAAUGCUUUUUAUUUGUUUUCCGCGAGCCGGUUUGCUACUUCCCCCUUCUUUUCUCAUAAAGUCAUACUCCUUGAAAUCCCAACGACGAAGAAACUAGCUCACAUGUCAGAGUGCUAAUCGUUCCAUUUUCGUAUCGCCAUUCGCCACUGGGUCAAAGUGUUGACGAUUUGCCGACGUGCAGCCGCGAAAGUGGUCGGAAUUGGUUCCUUGGUGGACGACGGUGGACGGAAAACUUCCAAGAAUCGUAAAUCGUGACUAGGUUUUUCUGGAUAUCAGAAUUUUUUAGAUCAAAUCAGAUCUGAUAUCCGAAACUGCAACCACAACCCAGUUCGAAAUAGCUUCAGGAUAUAAUUAUUUGAUGGCCCUGUUCAUCAGAGCUAUGCAUGUGUAUCUAUGGUGCAACCAAUAUUGGAAACUUUAUAAAUCGGAAAAAAAUGAAACAAGACGCUUUCAACUUGAAGAAGAGAAAACUUUUUGUUGCAGCUGUUGAGGACUUUGGCCUGCCUGCACCAAAGCAUGUAUGUUGUGACCCACCUGUCCGAACGCAAUGUGACUUAGUAUUCCUUGAAGCUAUGGAUGUGGGGCAUGUGGAAGUCGUUGACACGCUAGUAGAAUCAACUCAAGACAGCAAUAACAUUCCUGCAGAUUCACAGUCAUCUACUGAAGUUAUAUUUGAUGCGAGUUUUCGAAAGGUAGACAUGUAUGACGAGGCUUCUACUUCGUGGGCAAAUUCAGGAUCAGUUGCUUCCCAAAAUGACUCUCUUUCUUUCGAGAGUAGAAAUCUGAGUUUCCGAGAUGGUAUGGAAGAAUCCCGACCUCUUCAUCAAGACGAUACUGGAUGGCAUGAUAUUGAUUGCCUGGAUGAUUGCUUUAAUGCACAUUACUUUAAGGACAACAAGCAACAAACUGUUGCAGAGCUUGAAGGGUUUCUUUCCUCCAGUGGGGUGAAUACUAAUUUAUAUGUGCCAUCGCCAGACAGGUGGAAUGUUGAUCAAGAGGCUCAAAUGGGAAGACGCAAGGAAACAAUUGAUCAAGAAUUUGAGCAGUAUUUUUCAACGCUUAUGUUGUAAGAAAAACCUAUAUGCCCUUGUAUUUGCAUUUACUUGUAUAUAUGAAUAAAUUGCGCGUUUGAAUUGGUUUUAA